CCGACCGUCCGGAUCAUGCACUCGGGUCACGCGUGUAACGUGGAGGAGGAGCGUUACUCUGAGAGGGUUUACACCAUCCGAGAGGGAGAGAUGCUCGAGCUCACCUGCCUGGUCACCGGACAUCCACGACCACAGAUUCGAUGGACCAAGACAGCAGGAAGUGUUUCGGACCGAUUCCAGGACUCCAGCGUGUUCAACGAAACCCUCCACAUCGCCAAGAUCCAGAGACAUCAAGGCGGACGCUAUUACUGCAAGGCCGAGAACGGACUGGGUUCACCGGCCAUCAAGUCCAUCAGGGUGGACGUCUACUAUCUGGACGAGCCUGUGGUGACUGUUCAUCAGAGUAUCGGUGAAGCUAAAGAGCAGUUCUACUAUGAGCGGACGGUGUUUCUGCGCUGCAUCGCUAACUCCAACCCUCCCAUCCGCUACAGCUGGUUCCGCGGACGAGACGUUCUCUCGCAAGGCUCUGAUAAAGGUGUGGAGAUCUACGAACCCUUCUUUACCCAGCUCCAGGGGGAAACUAAGAUCUUGAAGCUGAAGAACCUGAGACCCAAGGACUACGCCAACUACAGCUGCAUCGCCUCCGUCAGGAACGUGUGCGGCAUCGCCGACCGCAGAGUCGUCUUCAGACUCACCAACAAAACUGCUCCCGCCUCCAUCAAGCUGCUGGUGGAGGAUCCGAUCGUGGUGAAUCCGGGUCAGACGGUGUCUCUGGUCUGCAUCACCACCGGAGGAGAGCCGACGCCGAGCCUGAACUGGACCCUCAGCUCCGGAUCUCUGCCGGAGAAGAGUCUGAUGAAGGACGGGACGCUCACACUGCCAGCCAUCGCCUCGGAGGACGCCGGCAUCUACAGCUGCAUCGCCAGCAACAACGUGGGCAACCCGGCCAAGAAAUCCACCACCAUCAUCGUUAGAGCGCUGAAGAAGGGCCGCUUCUGGAUCACUCCGGACCCGUACCACAACGACGAUAACAUCCAGAUCGGCCGCGAGGUGAAGAUCUCGUGUCAGGUGGAGGCCACGCCGCCCGAGGAGCUGCAGUUCAGCUGGCUGAAGAACGGCCGGCCGUUACGCAGCUCCGAGCGCAUGGUCAUCACACAGACUGACCCCGACAUCUCGCCCGGAACCACCAACCUGGACAUCAUCGACCUCAAGUUCACCGACUUCGGCACCUACACCUGUGUAGCAGCUCUCAGAGGAGGAGCCAUCCCCGAAAUCAGCAUCGACGUCAACAUCUCCUCCACCACUGUCCCUCCUCUGUUUUUCUCUUUCUUAGUUCCUCCGAACCUGACCGUACCGCGGGGCAAGUCUCCGAUGGCGGUGCGGGAGGGAGACACGGUGGAGCUGGAGUGCCUUGUUUCAGGGAAACCCAAGCCCAUCAUCCUGUGGUCUCGGGCGGAUAAGGAGGCGCCGAUGCCGGACGGCAGCAUGCAGACGGAGACCUACGACGGCGUUCUGCGCAUCGUUAACGUGUCGCGAGAGAUGAGCGGAUCCUACCGCUGCCAGACCAGCCAGUACAACGGCUUCAACGUCAAGCCCAGAGAAGCUGUGAUCGAGCUCAUCGUGCGCUAUCCUCCGGCGGUGGAGCCGGUGUGGCAGGAGGUGCGGCAGGGUUUGGGUCGGACGGUGUCCAUGAACUGUCGUGUUCUUCGUGCUCAUCCGUCCCGCGUGCUGCGCUACGAGUGGAGGCUGGGCUCACGGCUGCUGCACGCCGGCACCUUCGACUCGCGCGACGACACCGACUACACCGUACGCAACCUGGCGCGGGAGGGCUACGGCGAGUACACCUGUGACAUCAUCAACGAGGUGGGGCCGGGACGCUGCACCUUCCUGGUGACCGGGAAAGCGUAUCCUCCGGAGUUUUAUUACGACACAUAUAACCCGCUGUGGCAGAACCGGCCGCGUGUGUACGGAUACAAGCUGCAGUGGACACAGAUGAACCCGAACGCUGUGGACCGGAUCAUGGUGUACCGCCUCGGGAUACGACAGACGGGGAAGCAGCGCUGGUGGGAGCAGGAGAUUCAGGUGGAGGGAAACAUCCAGAAAGGAGAGCUGAUCACUCAUAACCUGACGGAGCUCAUCCGACCCGAGGCGUACGUGGUUCGACUGACGCCCAUCACACGCUUCGGAGAGGGAGACUCCUCCACCCGAGUCGUCACGUACAGCGUUCCCAUCAAUCCUCAUCUGAGAGAGUUUCACUGCAGUUUUGAGGAGGAUCCCGUCUGUAUGUUCACUCAGGACAAGAACGAUGACUUCGACUGGACGAGACACAGCGCAGCCACACGUGACACUAAAUACACGCCCAACACGGGGCCCAGCGGGGACCGCAGCGGCUCCAAACAGGGUUUCUACAUGUACAUUGAGACGUCCAGACCUCGAAAAGAGGGUGAUACGGCUCGUCUCCUGAGCCCAACGUUCAACGUGGCUCUUAAAAGCUCCUACAGCAUCAGCAGCCCGCCGGCGUACUGCUUCAGCUUCUACUUCCACAUGUUCGGCAAACACAUCGGCACUCUGAAUGCAUUUGUGAAGCAGAAAGGUCAGUCUACUUCAGAAGCCGGUCCAGUCUGGUCUCUCAGCGGGAACCAAGGGGACCGAUGGAGACAAGCCAAAAUUAGCAUCCAUCCCACUGCCUCCUUCCAGGUGAUGUUCGAGGGCAUCCGCGGCCCCGGGAUCGAGGGGGACAUUGCCAUCGAUGAUGUCACUCUCGAGGAGGGGGAGUGUCCUGACCCUCCGUCCAAUCCGAUCAGAGGAGCGGCUGCACACAGCGUCUCCAGUAUAUGGCCAUUGAGCGUCACGCUGUUUUAUACCGUAUUCAUUGGUCUGAGGUGACACUCCACGUGAGAAGAGACUCCAGACACGUCCCUCAAUAUAUAAUCACCAAAGAUUCAUGCUUUCGGAUCGCUUGGAAGGCACAACCACAAACAGAAAAGUAAUAACUAAUGCUAAAAAUAAAUUCUCUCGAUGUCUGGAACCAACCGAGGGUUUGAGCACUGACCCGAGAAGCACAACGACUACAUCGCAAUCUGGAUUUAAUCGUGAAUGAAGAUUCCCCUUCCCUGUUUUCCAUCCUGAGAUGCUGUUGUGCUUUGGAGUACUUCUCAUCUUCUUCUGAUAGUCCCGAUCUUGAAUUGUUCUGGAUUUGGUUUAGAUUGGCGCUUUAAAACGCUUUAUUCACAACACUGUGCUCACGUUCCCAAGUGGAGAACCUUGCGUGUUUUGGCGUCUGUGAUGGUUCGUCAUCGUUCCCAGCACCGGUUGAGACAGAGUUUCUGCCGUAAAAAAAAAAAGAAGUGCCUUCAGGUUAAAAAACAAACAAAACUGAUCCGUUAGCCUGGCCAUCGACACCAAACGUCCAUGUUUCUAACAUCUCUGAUGGGCUAUUUUAUACUCAUUUCCACGAUGUUUGGCUGCUGGAGGACGAUGUAUGGACGAAUGUCACGCUCUCCAUCCCGAACCGUCAUGCUUCUGUCAUUUAUAUACCGAACAAUGUGCAUUCUGAGAGAAAAAUAAAAACACAAAAUAUUCAUAAUUAUAAUAAUAUUUUAUUACUCCAUUCAGAAUGUGUCUCAGCUUUUACACACGAACUGUGAAAGUCAGUGGUGGUAACUUAUCAAUGCUUUUAAAAAAAAGAAACGUGUCGAGUUGUGUCUCGUUUCUUCUGAUUUACAUUCAAAUGUUCCGACUUUAUUGUCUUUAUUUCUCGUCGUCUCCCUUGCAUUGCUGAAAAUAUUAAAAACAAGCAGAAACACGCCGGUUUGUUAACUGUACAACUUGUAUAUGUAAAGAAGCUCUGAUUUAUACGAGAUGUUUUGUGUACGAGUCAAAGGAAGCACAACAUUUAGGAUUCAACCGUUUAGAAGCAUCAUAUAUGUGAGCGUCCUCCUGCAAAACCAACGUGAAAAUAAAACGUGACACUGAAAGCGUCGAAGCUAAUUGAAUCAAUACUACUUUACUUUCGCAUGGGCUAUUUUUAAAUAGAUUUUUCACAUAAUGGUAACAUCGCUCAUGCAAAGGGUUAAAAACAAAAUACGAAAAACGUCAAAAGCUGACUUACAGUCAAAGAUGUUCAGAAGUCAUUUAAAGUAAUAGUUCACAUGAAAUUGAAAAUGUCUGAAAGAACAAGCCGGUGAAUAAUGAAGCGUGAUUAAUCUCCUGGUUUUACCGGAGGACGUGACGUCACAUAUAUGUGUUGGCAUGAUGUAAAAGAUUCAUUCACAGUACGAUGACUGACGCUCGUUACAGGACUUCAGAAUCAUCCGUCUAACGAAUCACGAGUCAAAUAUACAAGUCAAAUCAGCCAAACAGAGUGUCAGAGUCUUUAUGAUGUAAAAAUGAGACGGCCACAAGAAAACAAACCAAUACUAAUGAUGUUAAUCAAGGGCUAAAGGCAUCUUAGCUUGUUUCUGUGUGAACAAAUACUACAUGAGAAAUAUCAUUUGAAGUCAUGGAUGUAAUGUGUUUUCUGUUUAGAGCUGGGUUGAAUGCAUUUGUAAUGAUUUGCUGGUGAAAACGAGCCAACAUUGUGAGUAUUGCAAUGAUUUUAUUGCACUUUUUGUUUGGUGUUCGCAUAUGAUUCAUUCGAGUGAAUCACUUCAAAAUGUCCGAUUCAACAACUCCUUCCGAAAAGUCAUUCAAGUGUUUUAUUAAAAAUACUAUGUACUGCACAUAGUAUUUAAUGUACUGUAAAUAUUGCUGUUUAUUAUUCUGUAUUGUUGGUAAAUGAAAAUGAUUCACAAUCGUUUGUGUUCGUUUAGUGUGGAACUGUUGCUUUGAUUGUUUGAAUUAGACUUUCAAUGGGUUUUACUUUUAUGUUUAAACAUUUACAUUCUGAUUAUUGUCUGAAAAGUGUUGGGAUAAUUGCAUCACCAGCUCGAAUGCCAUGAUGAAAUGUUGAUAGGGUAACGAUUGGUCAAAUUUAACCCUCCUAUCGCAUUUUUGCAUUGGUGAAACGUGAGCUUGUAAAACUUGUAAUUUGUUUUGUCUAAAGCCAUAUUGUUUCUGAUUGGCAACUUCUCAUUAAUGAGGGAAUUCGCAAAAAAAAUCCAAGUUUACAGUGUUUUACCCCUUUUUAAUAUUUGAGAAAACUCAAUAAUUAUUGGAAAUUUCACAUUUUACAACAACUACAGUAAAAACACUAUG